AUGCUCCGCUCCACCAAAGGCGCCUCCAAGGCGCGGCGCGACCAAAUCAACGCUGAAAUCCGCGCCCUCCGCGAUCUCCUCCCGCUGCCGGACGGCGACCGCCCGCGGCUCUCCUACCUGCACGUCAUGGCCCUCGCCUGCAUCUACACGAGGAAAGGAGCGUGUCCGGCGCGGGGAGCACCCAUGGAGCUGUUGGGGGGGCCGGAGUUGGCCGAUCUGGUGGCGUCGCUGCCUGGGUUCCUGUUGGCUGUCACCCACGAGGGGAAGUUGGUCGGAGUCACCGACAACGUCGCGCAGCACCUGGGGCACUCCAUGGUGGAUCUGGUGGCACAGGGUGACAGCAUUUAUGACCUGCUGGAUCCGGCUGACCACCCCCUGGUGCGGCACCAGUUGGCCCUGCCUGGAGCCCCCCAGCCAGAGCGCCUCUUCCGCUGCCGCUUCACCACCUCACGAGCGUCGCGCCGGCCCAGCGCCGGACGGAAGCUGGUGCUGCUGCGGGGUCGCUUCCAGGCCCCCCCCGGACCCCCCGGGGCACUCCCGGGGCUUUUUGUGGCUUUUUGUGCCCCCCUGGACCCCCCGCCCUGGCCCUGCGCUGACUCUUUGUUGCUGCCCGCCUUCGAGAGCCGCCAUGCACGGGAUCUCGCUCUGCUCGACAUCUCUGAUAGUGUGCAGAUCCACCUGGGCUAUGCUCGUGCAGAGCUCCUGGGGCGCUCCUGGUAUCGACUGCUGCACCCCGAGGACCUGGGACACGUCGCCCGCCAGCACCUCCGCCUCGCGGGUGCAGGAGGAGAGGCAAGGGGGGAGUUGGUGACGAGGCUGCAGCGCAAGGACGGCCUGGGCUGGACCUGGGUCUACACCCGCCUGCGCCCUGAGGGCCCGGCCCUACUUGCCCACAACUUCAUCAUCAGGUGA